AUGAUACGACAUGCAACGCGCGGGGCGACUGCCACACUAGACCUUGACUUCCUCGCAUCUCGUAUUGUCCCAUGGAGGUCGUUCUCCCAGCGAUCCUCUACACCACUGAAGCUGAAGGUUCUUGCGGAUGAUGACCAAGUCGUGCCGUCGCUACCCUCUACGUCUUCCUCCGCUGUCGAUCCUGCCCGGUUGAUCAGUAAACUUGAUCUCCAACUACAGCAAUUCCAUGGUGUACGCGUCGGCAAACUCACCGAUUCUCAGGUGGAACUCUUCAAUCGAGCAAUAUUAUCAUUACGGGCUGCCACACAACCAGCUGAUCUUCGCAAAGCAUGGACAGUUUGGGGGGAGCUAAAGAAAAGACGCAUGCUUCAGUUCUUUGGCCCGUCGCAGUAUAAUAUGUGCUCAAGGAUCAUUCUAGCUGUGUGCGAGGAUGCCGAUGCACGCGAUACUUGGGAACAGCUGGACAGGAACGCUGUGGAGGAGAUUGCGGUUGGUGCCGCUGCCGGGGGUUCCACUGACGGGCUCAAAGCAUACAUGCUCUCCUCUAUCAGACGGAAUGAUCCAGCUAUCGUUCAUAAACUGUACGAACGUUAUCGAGCGGUCCUGGGAGAGAAGGUAUCGUGGAGGGACGUUGACGAUAUGGAGGCCGAUGAAGGAGGCAGUUUCAAUGCCUCGGAUUCAUUUCGAUUUUCUGCUGAAACACUGGUUCGAGGAGAUAUUCUGCUCGCUGAAGUCACCGCUCAUGCCAUGCAAAACGAUUUCGCUGCUGCAUUUCGUUCAUGCUUGCAAACAUCCAUCCGCCUUUCUCCCCACGGUGUGAAAGGGUUCCUCGAACAACUGAACUCUGACGACCUGCGUCAAAAGGUAGCUGAAUAUGUUCGCCGCCUUGAAGUUGCAAGACUUGUCGCGCGUCCCGCCGCCUUCUCAAGACAGCUCGCCAAUCUUACUAGAGACAACGCGUCCCUUUUGUUGGAGAAGUUGUAUGCGGCCAUAAUAGAAGGCUUAUUGGGUCAUGACCCGUGGUUAACCGUGGCGAAUACAGAUAUUGGAAGAGGCAGCUUGAUUCCUAUACCUGAAUUCGCCUGGGCGUCAUUUAUCACUGGCUUCAUGCGAUGUCGAAGGACGGACCUCGCGGAAAAGCUGUGGGACGACAUGGUCCGGUUUGGGGUGCAGCCUACUGUGGCCAUGUGGACAGCUCUCAUCGAUGGUUAUGGAGAAUUGAAGGCGGUCAAACAGGUCCUCAGUACAUGGGAUAUCAUGUGCCAACAGGGUAUCACACCCGACGCCAUGGCAUACCGUGCUCUCAUACAUGGGCUUUACCACGCAAACCAUCCCCAGGACGCGUUUCGCGAAUUUCGAUUGUUUCAAUCCAAAGUUUCAAAGUCACCUCUGAGUUUCCAAGAGUCUGCCGUCCGCGUCGUAUACAACACAGUGCUUCACGGUCUUCUCUUCCAGUCCUUGGAGCCUGAGGCCAAUGCUGUACUUGACAACAUGCAAGCAAAGGGACCCAAACCUGAUAUUGUCACUUUCAACACAUUUCUACGAUACUAUGCACGACAGAAUCAGCUGAAGGCGUUCGCCAACGUGUUGGACACAAUCGAACGCACGGGCUUGGUCGGGGAUGUAUUCACUUUUUCGAUCGUCCUGUCAGCUCUCCUCAAAAUUCGAGACGAUGCUCCUCAGAUCAUGCUCAACCUAAUGGCAAAGCACGGUGUUCAGCCAAAUGCUACCACGUUGACUGCGAUCAUUGAUCACCAGAUGAGGACCCAGACAGACGAUGGCUUACGAUCCGCUCUACAGCUACUUACUAAGAUGGAAUUGAACGAAGUUCCGGAUGCACAGCCGAACGAUAUCACUUACACAAGUAUCCUAUCGGGCAUUCACCGCGGCAAGUGGCUUAGACGGGAAGCAGCGGAGGAAUAUAGACGACUUAUUUGGGGCAGAAUGCGGGCACGCGACAUUACGCCCAAAAGGACGACAUACAAUAUUCUCAUCAAGGCCUGUCUGGAGAACUCCCAACCUGAGGGCGUGUUGGACGCGAUGCGGUACUACAGGGAUAUGGUGAGGCGCAGGAUCUCUAUGAGCAAUGAUACGUGGUAUAUUAUAUUGCACGCUCUGGUCAGUCGGGGGGAGUGGGCGUUGGCGAACGAGUUGGUAGAGGACAUCCAGCGAAGCGGGUUUACACCGGCUGGGGCACUCUUAGAUCUAAUGAUGCGGGUAAGGAAACACAUGGCUCAGAAGGCAAAGCUAGGACCAGCUGGUUACAUUUAA